AAAUGUUUUCAAGGAAAUUUUCUUCAUCUUUCAAUUUUUGCUUUUAGGUUUUUUGAAUUUUUCCCUAUUUCCUCUCGUUUAUAGUGCUUGAACAGUAAAGUGAUAACAAAAAUCGAGAAAUGUUAACGAAAAUCGAUUCAGUUCACCCAAUGUUUAUUUAGUUUAUAAAUAUUUAUGUGAAUUUAAUAAUUGUGUGUAAAUAAAUAGGGUCAACAAGGCAAGGCAAGGCAAGGCAAAAUACAAAUUUCUUUGAGUUUCAUCAACGCCCACGAUUCUGACAUUUAAACAUUUUUGUUUAUUAUUUUGGUGUCCCCCUCAUUAAAUGCCCCAACAUCAUAAUUUGUACCAUAUUAUCCAGCUUUUCUAGGCAAUGGUUGUAGUCAGUGGCAAUUGGGUUAAGAAUGUCGCUCCUUAUUUGCCCCAAACCGUAGGAUUGGAGGAGGAGCAUGAAAUUAUGGCCGCCAAAGCGAUCCUCAUCUGUCGCCCCAAUUCUCAUCAUUUCCAAGAGAGAACUUUAACUUUAGAUCAACCCAUCAAAGUUGGCAGAUCUGUAGCCCGUGCUAAACCGACUUCAAGCAAUGCCAUUUUUGACUGUAAAGUACUUUCCAGGCAUCAUGCCUUGCUCUGGCAUGAGAAUGGAAAGUUCUAUUUGCAAGACACUAAAAGCAGCAAUGGAACUUUUGUUAAUAAUAAUAAAUUGUCUUCGGAACGUCAAGAAGUUUGUUUUGGAGAUAUAGUGCAAUUUGGUGUAGAUGUUGUGGAAAAUAAUAGGAAAGUUACCCAUGGGUGUAUUAUUGCAACUUUAAAUUUGUAUUUGCCUGAUGGAAAACCUGCCAAAGCUAGUCCUAGUAUUACUGAAGGAGAAUCACAUGGUGUAGUUCCAAUAGAUGACCUCUAUAGACUAAACCAAUAUCUUCAGGAAGCAAGUCAAAGAGAACAGUGCUUAGAAUCAAAAUUAAACGCCUUAAGAAAUGUGGUAGAAGAAACUAAAAGAUCAGCAGAAGAAAGUUGGCAAGCCUAUGUAGGAGAGGAGCGUCUACUCAGUAGGCUUUCAGCAUUAGAAACUCAAUUGCAACAAGCUAGAACUAAUUGGUCAGAGGAUCGGUUAAAGGAAGAAAUUGCAAAAUUAAGAGACAACAAUGAAAAAUACCAGGAAGCUGCCAAACAAGCCUUGGAAAAAGUCCAUGCAGAAAAACAAGAAGCUGUCGUGUCUGCUAUGGAACAAGAAAGAGCCAAGAUUUCUGCUGAACAAGAUGCCCUUUUGGCUAGAGAACAAUUGGAACUGGCACAAUUGGAAAUUCAAGAAAUUGCACAAAAAUUAAAUGAAAUUGAAAACAAGUGCGAAGACGAGAAACAAGAACAUGAAAAGCAAAUUAGAGAGUUGGAACAACACCUAGAAGAGGAGGAAGCUAAAAUUAAUGAAUUGGAAGCCAAAAUUUAUGAGCUAACUAUGGAAGUUUCCAAAAAACACAGCUAUGAUGAUAUAAUAGAACGUCCAAAUUUCUUUGAAAAUGAUUUGAAGAUAAAAGAGGAAAUACUUGCCGAAAACGAAAUUAUCCAAUCUGAAGCAAUAUUGAACAAAUCAAAUUCUAAUGGGUUCGAGCCAAAUCACAUUAGCUUGACUGUUGUUUCUGCUCAAGAAAAUUAUGAGGAAGAAAAAACUGAAGAUCUGGAAUGUGAAUCAGAUGCUAAAGAUGAUGAAGAAUAUGAUAAUGUGAAGAGGGAAGAGGGGAAAAGGGUGUCUUUUAAUUUGUCUGAUAAUGAAGGAAACAACCAAGAGGAACCUGAAAAUAGUCCCCAAACAGCUGACACGUCCGAUACGAAAAGCAAUUUCGAUCAAGUCGAUUCGAAAACCCUCAAGUAUCAAUAUCAAUCGGCACAAAAAGAACAAAAAGAACUGAAGCAAAAAAUCGAAACGCUAGAGAAAAAUUCAGAGAGCAACAAAACAAAAAUAAUUGAACUAAAUAAGGCCUUGAUUGACGAAAAACAAUUAAGUGGUGAACGAUUGCAAGCUUGUGCAAGUUUGCGAGAAGAAUUGGCUAGUUUAGAACAAAAAUGGCAACACGGUUGCAACGAAAAUCGAAUAUUAAUUGAACGAGUUAAUGAGUUAGUAAACGACCUCGAAAAGAGAAAAGAAGACAUACAAGCUGAACAAGAAAGUAGGAUGAACGAUGACUCCCAGGCAAACAUCAGCUGCCAAAAAUUGAUGGAGCUGGAAGAAGAACUGGUGCUUUUAAAAGAAAAAUAUGCACAAAGCUGCGAAGAAAAAGUAAAGCUACAAAGAGAUGUACUGAAAUUAAAGGUGCAACAUGAUUUGAUGUGCAAUAACAUGUACAACAAGUGUUUUUGGUAUGUUUGUCCUUUGGUCAUCAUAGUGCUUUAUUUGUUGAUAUCCAAAUGGAUUUCCUGAUUAACGUUGAUACUUUUGAUUUCAUUUUAUUGUUUUUUUGAAGUUUUGAUCAAAAUUAUUAAUGAAACAUAAUAAUCACAGAUAGAAUCACUUAAUCUUAAAGUAACCAAAAAAUAUACUGCCUUUUUUUGGUGGAUGAUUUGAUAAUAUUUGAAUUUAGGGAGUUUAAUAAAAAUAAUGUCUUGUUGAUUGAUGAUAAUAACAAUGUGUUUAUUUGUUGAUAAAUAUGGAAUAUCGAAUGUCAAAAUGUAUAGAGAAAGGUUUGAACUAGUGGAAUCUCAACUUUCUGAUGACUCAAAUAUUAAUUAUGUUGUGGACUAAAUUAUCAAACCACUAUUCUUUGCCUUCCAGACUAAUAAUAAUUAUUAUUUAAGUGGGAAUUAUAUUUUUCCUUCACAAAAUCUCUAAAUUGCCAUAUCAUUAUGUUUUUGCACAGGUUUGGUAGAUAUCAUAAAGUAAUAAACAUAUACAAGAUUUUUUACGGAGUGUUGCAAGUUGUAAAUUGUUGCUUUAAAAAUUGGAAAUUUGUAUAGUCGACUGAGAAACAUCUAAGAAGAAGAAAGGUGCAUUUUAAGCGUCUUUUAUUUAUUUGUUUAGUUAUUAGUUUCAAUGUUUAUUUAUUUUUUAAUCGCUAAUCAUCUGUUAGAAGCUUUAAUUGUUAAACCAAAUUAAUAAUUUGCCAUAUUUAAAACGUGUGUCGUGAUUUAGGAAAAAAAAAAACUACUGCAAAAUUGUGAUCUAAUGACUUUGUACGUAUUUAUGAAAUUUCAAUAUGUUUUUGGAUGCAAUUUGAACGGAUAUACCUAAAUGUACAAAUAAAAAUAUAAAUGUUUUGCCCUCUUGUUCAGUUUCCUUUGUUCGUAAAUAAUAAUUUUUGUUUAGUUUUAGGAAUAUUUUAUUUAUAAAAAUUAUAAUGUGCAACAAGUAUAAUAGUCUAAGCACAAACCAACAUUAUUUCAUAACUCUGAAUUGGAUUUAAUAAUAAUAUAUAUAAUUACAUAUCAAGGUGGAAAUUAAAAUGUUUAUUUACAAUAUUUUUGAAUUGUUAAAAGGGCUUUCCACCUAAGUAUGCAAUAUAUAGUUAGUAUUGAUAUCCUUGUAUGGGCAGUUGAAAUAAUAAUUAUUGUUGCAUAUAAAAAUCAUAGAAUGCAAAAUAUAAAUAGAUAUUUUUUAUGUCAAUUUAAUAUAUUAUUCUUUGUUAUAGUCGUUCAUGUAUAUAGAUGAUUAAUUAUGCC